AUGGCCAUGGAACAGGGGGUGCGCGCUGAGAGACAUUCCUCAGCCCCGGCGGAGAACCGAGUGGUCAAGCCUCGAAAUUCAAAAAUCCGCCUCUGGAGCCGUCUGGACGUGGGCCCACAACGGGUCUUUAGGAGGGCUGGACGCAGCCAUAACUCCGAGACCCGGCCUCGGACCACGACGGUGGCCGGUGGCCUUAGGUUCAGGUUUCGGACUUCCACCGACAAGCUGCAGGGUUGGGGGCUACGGUCAACCCAGGAACCCUUCGGGCCCUUUGGCCCCCUGCCCUUCCCCCUAGCUCAGGGCCUUCUGCCCCCAGCCCAAGGCCCUCUCCUCCUAGUCCAGAACCCUCUGUUCUCAGCCCGGGACCCGUUGCUUCUAGCUCGGGGCCCUCUACCUCAAGAACGGAGGGGCUCUCUACCUCAAGAAUGGAGGAACCCCUUGUUCCCACUCCGGAUUCCACUACAACUCUCUCCAGCCCCCCCCCAUACCCAUUCCGGAAGUUCGUACGGACCACAUGGCCAGGUUUUUGUCCCCACCCAGUUACCCCUGAGGCAAGUUAUUCAGGGCCCCCCUGAAGACCCAAAGCCCUUUAUGGUUUAUGUUCCUUUUUCCACCAGUGACCUGUACAACUGGAGGAAUCAAAACCCUUCUUUCUCUCAAAAGCCCCAAGGACUAAUCUCUCUGUUAGAGUCCGUUUUCUUUACUCAUCAGCCCACAUGGGAUGACUGUCAACAACUUCUGCAGACCCUUUUCACGUCAGAGGAGAGAGAGAGAAUCCGUGCCCAGGGACGGAAACUAGUCGUGGGGCCAGACGGUCUGCCAACCACGGAAGUAGACCGCCUUGAGGCUGUUUUUCCCUUCACCCGACCCCGGUGGGACCCUAACACCGGUCAAGGUAAGGAGGCUCUUGAACGGUACCGCCAGACUCUAAUGGGGGCUCUCCGAGCAGCAGCGCGGAGGCCUACAAAUAUGUCCAAGGUAACGGAGGUGACUCAGGGGGCCACCGAGUCCCCCGCUGCUUUUCUAGAGCGCCUCCAGGAGGCUUACCGGUUAUAUACCCCUAUAGAUCCAGAGGCGCCAGAGAACAGGCGGGCAAUUAAUAUUGCCUUUGUCGCCCAGUCAGCCCCAGAUAUAAGGAAAAAGUUACAGAAGUUAGAAGGCUUUGAGGGAAAGGUACUGAGCGAGUUGGUGGAGGUUGCGCAACGAGUCUUCAAUAAUAGGGAAAGUUCGGAAGACUUAAACAAAAAAAUGGCAAAAGUCCUACUUGCCAUGAGUGAGGACCAGACGCGGAAUAAAAACCGAGGAGGAGGUCAGAAGUUUGGAGAAAAGCCAGGGGGAGGAAAUAAAUUGUCCGGCAGGAGAGGAGGGCGAAAAGGACCCUCUCUAGGCCAAAACCAAUGUGCUUUCUGUAAGGAGCAGGGGCACUGGAAAAACGAGUGCCCGAGAAAAUCUUGUCAAGGACCGUCAAAGGAAGCAGAAGGCCCUCUAUCGCAAAAACGGAUCCCAAUUCAAGGGGCCACUGGAGGAAUCAAGUCCUAUCCAUGGACACAGGCCCGGAUAAGUAACUUAGGGGAAGGAACCGUUACUCACUCCUUCUUAGUUAUGCCUGAGUGCCCUUACCCUCUAGUUGGCCGUGACUUGCUCCACAAGCUAAGAGCAACCAUUUCCUUCCGGGACGAAGGGCCGGAAGUAAACUUUCCUAGACAGCCAAGUUCCAUCUUAAUUACCUGCCCCCUGUCCGAAGAGUACCUCCUCCUAACCGGGGAAGAUGCUCAUAAACAAGAGACUGAGCUCCUCAUAAAGUGGCAGAAAGAAAUUCCAGAAGUAUGGGCAGAAACCAAUCCCCCGGGAAUGGCUGGCCACCAGCCCCCAAUAGUUGUCCAGCGUCUAAGCCAUGCCACACCUGUCCGGAUUCGGCAAUAUCCAAUGAGCUACCGAGCUAAGAAAGGAAUAGCUGUCCACAUUAAGAGACUAAGGGAAGCGGAGAUCCUUGUACCCUGCAAGUCCCCUUGGAACACCCCGCUCCUACCUGUCCAGAAACCAGGGACCGAGGACUUCAGGCCAGUACAAGACCUACGAGAGGUCAACAAGAGGGUUGAGACGAUCCACCCAACGGUCCCUAACCCAUAUACCCUGCUUAGCUUGCUUCCUCCCGAUCAGAAAGUGUACACUGUACUAGAUUUAAAGGAUGCCUUCUUUUCACUACCCCUGGCUCCGGUCAGCCAGCCUCUUUUUGCCUUUGAGUGGACAGACCCCGAAGUAGGGGAUUCGGGACAAUUAACCUGGACUAGGCUGCCCCAAGGUUUUAAAAACUCUCCUACUCUCUUUGAUGAAGCCGUUAGCCGGGACUUACUAGAAUUCCGGGAAAGACACCCCGAGGUUACUGUCCUCCAAUAUGUAGAUGACAUCCUCCUUGCAGCAAAAUCCCCCGAGGAGUGCCAGAAGGCUACAAAGGAAUUAUUAAAAGCUCUCGGGCAGCUAGGAUACCGGGUAUCAGCAAAGAAAGCACAGCUAUGCGUUCCCCAAGUCUCUUAUCUUGGGUACAAUAUAACUGAAGGAAAGAGAGCACUGUCUAACAAACGCAUCCAAGCCAUCCUCCAAAUUCCGACACCCCGAACGAAACGGCAAGUCCGGGAAUUUUUAGGAGCGGUCGGAUAUUGCCGGCUGUGGAUCCUUGGGUUUGCCGAAAUAGCCCGCCCCCUUUAUGCUAGCACCGGGGGAAAGGACAUAGAACUAACUUGGACUGACAAGGAGGAGGGAGCUUUCCGGGCUCUAAAAAAGGCACUUACCCAAGCCCCAGCCUUAGCACUCCCAGAUCUCAGAAAACCAUUCCAGCUGCAUGUAGCCGAGGCACAAGGGGCAGCAAAGGGAGUGUUAACACAGCGCUUAGGGCCAUGGAAACGGGUCGUGGCUUAUCUGUCAAAACGCCUCGAUCUGGUUGCGGCAGGUUGGCCUAACUGCCUCCGGGCCAUUGCAGCCACCGCCCUGCUAGUUAAAGAAGCCUCUAAACUCACCUUUGGGCAAGAACUGCAAAUCAUCGCCCCCCGCGCAGUGGAAACCCUCCUCAAAAGCCCCCCAGACAGGUGGCUCUCUAACGCAAGAAUUACUCAAUACCAAGUUCUUCUCCUUGACCCAUUCAGAAUAAAGUUUCUUCAAACCUCAGCUUUAAACCCAGCUACUUUGCUGCCAGAAAAUAAUCCCAGCCAACCCAUUCAUGACUGUGUUGAAACCUUAGCAGCAACCACCAAUCUGCGUGAGGACCUGACCGAUCUGCCGCUCCAGGACCCAGACGAAACUCUCUAUACUGACGGGAGCAGUUUCAUUCAAGACGGGACUCGAGUCACGGGAGCAGCAGUAGUGACGGCCUCUAAGGUAAUAUGGGCCCAAGCCCUAAACCAUGGGACAUCUGCACAAAAAGCUGAGCUAGUAGCUCUCACCCAAGCUCUCCGAUGGGCCAAGGAAAAAGCGGUGAACAUCUAUACAGACAGCCGAUAUGCAUUCGCCACUGCACACGUGCAUGGGGCCAUCUAUCAGGAACGCGGCCUCCUAACCAGCGGGGGAAAGGACAUUAAAAAUGCCUCAGAAAUACUAGAGCUUUUAACAGCCCUUUGGCUUCCUAGAGCAGUAGCCAUAAUCCAUUGCAAAGGACAUCAAACCUCAAAUAUGCCCGAAGCAAAGGGAAAUGCUUUCGCCGACCAGAUGGCCAAAGAAGCGGCCCUAAAACCAGUGGGGCCCCUUCAAGUCUUGCCCCUCCUACCACCCCGGGUACUAAAAACUGCCCCAACUUACUCAGACUCUGACAUUCAUCUAAGUCAAGUGCUCCAAGCUAGAGAUGAUUCAAAGGGGUGGAAAGUCCUCCCCGACUCUAGAAUCCUCCUACCAGAAGCACUGGGAAGAGACUUAAUUUUACAAACACAUCAGAGUACACACUUAGGGGGGACAAAAUUAGCUGAAUUGCUAAGAACUGACUUUUACAUACCUAAGCUUUUUCAGGUAGCAAAAGAGGUAAGCAGAAGAUGCCACGUCUGCGCUCAAGUCAACCCAAGUCAUGUAAGUACCCCUGCUACCCCAGGUCACCGCCUAAGAGGUCAGCUCCCAGGAGAGCAAUGGGAAAUAGACUUCACGGAACUGCCUCCUGGACCAGGAGGAUACAAGUACUUACUUGUGCUGGUGGACACCUUCUCAGGAUGGGUUGAGGCCUACCCAACUCGGUCAGAGUCAGCCCAGGUAGUAGCUAAAAAAUUAUUAGCUGAAAUUAUCCCUCGGUUUGGCCUACCGGUAACAAUGGGGUCUGACAAUGGUCCGGCUUUUAUAGCCCAAGUUACCCAGAAUUUGGUAAAAGCAUUAGGAAUCGAAUGGAAACUACACUGCAUCUAUAGACCGCAAAGCUCAGGGCAGGUAGAAAGGAUGAAUCGGACACUUAAGGAAACCCUCACCAAACUUAAACUGGAGACUGGCGGAAACUGGGUGAGCCUCCUUCCGUUUGCCUUGCUCAAAGCUAGGUGCACCCCUUAUGUAAAAGGUAUUACUCCAUAUGAAGCCAUGUUUGGCAGGCCACCCCCGCUCCUCCCCAAGUUAGGGGAGGAGCAGCUCGCCUCCCUGUCUAACUCUGAACUUCUCAAGUCCCUACAGGCUUUACACUGCAACUCCAAAAGCAUCCACCACACCGUCCGCGACCACCACUCAAAACCUGACGCCGUGGAAGAAGAAACCCCUACUGCUGAACCUGGGGACUUGGUGUGGAUCAAGAAAAGACACCCCUCCUCCCUCGAAGCACGCUGGGCUGGACCUUAUCAGGUGAUUCUAAGCACACCGACCACCGUGAAAGUCGCAGGUAAAAGAUUUUGGAUACAUCACUCACAAAUUAAGAGGGCAGACUCCGACCAGAACGCGAAAUGGGUUGUACAGAAAACAUCAGAUCCCUUAAAACUUCGGCUGCGGCGACGUACGCCAUUAUGCUAACUCUAGUAACAGUACUAACUGCCGAAAACCCUCAUCAAGCCACUAAUUAUACAUGGCAGUUAACUCGCACCAUUGAUGGAACAAUAGUUAGCCAAAUUAGCACUCCUGGCAACCCUAAAUUUGUUUUUGACCUAUGUAAACUCUUUGGGAGAACCUGGAAUUCGCCACUGAGGGCAAGAGGGGGAAGAGUAGGGGUGAAAGCUUAUGGCUGUGGUGCAUUACCCCAGGAACAAGGGCUGUGGCAUAGCCAACAUUAUAUCUGUCCGCAGGAAGGUGCCUCAGCGUGCGGGGGAGAGGGCGAUUACUUCUGUUACAGUUGGGGUUGUGAAACCAUAGCCCCAUGG